GCGCGGCCGGGAUCCCGGCGGGCGUGAGUGCGCCGCUGCUGCCCAAGGUGGGGUUCCUCGCGCGGGCCGAGCACUGGGCGAGGCGGAGUCGGGUUUCCGAGAGCGGUGCUUCAGGAAGCUGGCAACUCCUAGCCGGGAUCCCGCCGCAGCCGAGCGCCGCCUUUGUUCCCUGCAGGCAGGGCGAGUGCGGCGGCCAGUGCGCAGCGGUCCUCGUCCUCCGCGGAGCCGCCUGGUGUGUCCCGUCCUCCGCGCGCCUCCGAGGGCUCCGCAGACCCGCGCGAUGGCGCCAAGGAGCAACUGGUGCCGGCGGUUGCUGCUGUCCAUUUCUGCGCUCCUGUCCGCUGUCACCCGGACGCGCGUCUCGACAGACUCAGCCUCCCAAGGCCAUCUGGACCUCACACAGCUCAUCGGUGUCCCACUGCCCUCCUCCGUGUCCUUUGUCACAGGCUAUAAUGGCUUCCCAGCUUACAGCUUCGGACCUGGUGCCAACAUAGGUCGCCCAGCCAGGACCCUCAUCCCACCUGCCUUCUUCAGGGACUUUGCCGUCAGUGUCAUGGCCAAGCCCAGCAGCACCCGAGGCGGGGUGCUUUUUGCCGUUACUGACGCCUUCCAGAAGGUCAUUUACCUAGGCCUGCGGCUCUCGGGAGUGCAGGAUGGCCACCAGCGGGUCAUCCUUUACUACACGGAGCCUGGCUCCCACCUGUCCCACGAAGCUGCUGUUUUCUCGGUGCCUGUGAUGACCAACAGGUGGAACCACUUUGCUGUGAUCAUCCAGGGGGAGGAAGUGACCCUGCUCAUGGACUGCGAGGAGCACAGCCAUGUCCUCUUCCAGCGGUCCUCCCAGCCUUUGACUUUCGAGCCCAGCACAGGAAUCUUCGUGGGCAGCGCAGGUGCCACAGGGCUGGACAAAUUCACUGGGUCCAUACAGCAGCUGACCAUCCACGCUGACCCCAGGGUUCCAGAGGAGCUGUGUGAAGCCCAGGAGUUGUCGGCAUCAGGAGAGGGCAGCGGACUUCAGGAGACUGACACUGUCGCUGAGACCUUAGAGGCCAUCACCUACACUCAAGCUCUGCCUAAAGAAGCAAAAGUUGAACCUAUAAACAUACCUCCAAUCUCAUCCUCUCCCCCUCCCCUGGAGGACAUGGAGCUUUCUGGUGAACCUGUACCAGAAGGGACCCCAGAAACCAACUUAAGCAUCAGCCAACACAACAGCCCUGAGCAAGGGUCCGGCGAGAUCCUGAAUGACACGCUGGAGCAGGUUCAUUCUCUGGAUGGAGACGCCAUUUCUGAUGUUGGCUCAGGAGACAGGACCUUCCUUGGUGCCACUGAAGAACAGGGCUCUGCAGCAACAGCAAUAGGGGAGGAUGAGGUGACCAUCACCACAGCCCGGGAGGCAGAGGUCAGCAGCGUGCCCACAGGAGGACCAACCCUGGUCAUGUCCACCCUAAACCCUCGGGAAGGGACCGCCCCAGGUCUGGAGGACGAAGAAGGUUCAGCAGCAGUGGGAGCAGGGGAGGCCGAGGUGCCCGUCAGCACUGCUGGGGAAGUAGAGUCAGGCAGCGUGUCCACUGUGGGGCCCACCCUCACCAUGUCCACCCAGAGCCCCAGGGAAGAGACCACGCUGGGUCCAGGCAAAGAAUGGUUAACCUCAGUUGCAGCUCCCACAGAAGUUCCCCUCAGUACUCCUGGAGAAGAGGAAGCCAGUGGAGCCUCCACAGACAACCUAGCUGUCCUCACACCCACAGUGGCCCCUGCACAUGCCAGCAGGGCCUCCACAGAUGGCCUGGCUGUUCUCACACCCACAGUGGCCCUGAGACAAGUGGUCACCUCUGUACCUGAUGACAAGGAAGACUUGGAGCCCCUGGCCACCGCUGGCAGAGAGGAGACUGGCAGCGCUCCCCCUGAUGGGCUGCCGCUCCCGGUACCCACAGCGGCUCCUGAGGGACGGGUCACUCUGGCUCAACUAGUACAUGGGGAAAUGGAAGGACAGUCUGGACCUGAAGGAGAAAAGGUGGGUACCGAGGCAGUGGGCUCUGGCCUGGGCUGGGCCCUGGACAUCGGCUCUGGCUCCGGGGACCUGGUGGACCAAGAGGAGUUCCUAAGGGGUCUCCCAGGCCCUCCAGGACCACCUGGCUUACCUGGGAUUCCAGGAAAACCAGGAACUGAUGUUCUUAUGGGGCCUCCUGGCUCUCCUGGAGAAGAUGGAGCUGCUGGUGAACCUGGGCUCCCGGGCCCUGAAGGAGAGCCUGGACUUGAUGGAGCUGUGGGGCGUCCUGGGAUGAAAGGGGAGAAGGGAGCAAGAGGGCCUAAUGGCUCAGUUGGUGAAAAGGGCGACCCUGGCAACAGAGGCUUACCAGGGCCCCCAGGGAAAAAUGGACAAGCUGGCACUCCUGGAGUCACGGGACCUCCGGGGCCCCCUGGACCCCCAGGGCCCCCAGGUCCUGGAUGUGCAACAGGACUGGAAUUUGAGGAUACUGAGGGCUCGGGAAAUAUCAGGCUGCUGAAUGAACCCAGAAUCUCCAGGCCAACUGUUUCCAGUGGUCUCAAAGGAGACAAAGGAGACCAGGGACCCAAGGGUGAAAGGGGACUGGAUGGAAUCAGCACUGUGGGACCUCCAGGACCCAGGGGUCCCCCUGGGCGGAUCGAGAUCUUGUCUAGUGGGCCUGAUGGUGUGCCUGGGCUGCCUGGAUUCCCAGGCCCUAGAGGACCAAAAGGUGACACUGGCUUGCCUGGAUUUCCAGGACUCAAAGGAGAACAGGGUGAGAAGGGCGAGCCAGGUGCCAUCCUGACGGGGGAUGUUCCUCUGGAAAGGCUGAAGGGGAAAAAGGGUGAGCCUGGACUGCAUGGAGCCCCUGGACCAAUGGGUCCCAAGGGACCACCAGGACACAAAGGAGAAUUUGGCCUCCCUGGACGACCUGGUCGCCCAGGACUGAAUGGCAUCAAGGGUGCCAAAGGAGAUCGAGGAAUAAUGAUGCAGGGCCCACCUGGCCUACCUGGUCCUCCAGGCCCCCCAGGACCACCUGGAGCUGUGGUUAACAUCAAAGGAGCUGUGUUCCCAGUACCUGUCCGGCCACACUGCAAAAUGCCACUUGGUACCACACAACCUGGGGAUCCAGAGCUCAUCACCUUCCACGGAGUUAAAGGAGAGAAAGGAUCCUGGGGUCUUCCUGGCUCAAAAGGAGAAAAAGGCGACCAAGGAGCCCAGGGACCACCAGGUCCUCCUGUUGAUCCAGCUUACCUGAGACAUUUCCUGAACAGCUUGAAGGGGGAGAAUGGAGACAGGGGAUUCAAAGGAGAAAAAGGAGAUUCUAAUGGCAACUUCUUUGUGGCUGGGUCUCCAGGCCUGCCAGGAAAUCCAGGCCUGGCUGGACAGAAAGGGGAGACUAUCAUUGGACCCCAAGGACCCCCAGGAAUUCCUGGCCUGCCUGGGCCACCUGGUUUUGGAAGACCUGGUGCCCCUGGGCCACCAGGACCCCCUGGGCCUCCAGGACCUCCCGCUAUUCUGGGUGCAGCUGUGGCUCUUCCAGGCCCACCUGGCCCUCCAGGACAGCCAGGGCUUCCCGGAUCCAGAAAUUUGGUCACGGCAUUCAGCAGUAUGGAUGACAUGCUGCAGAAAGCACAUUUGGUCAUAGAAGGAACAUUCAUCUACCUGAGGGACAGCACAGAGUUCUUCAUUCGCGUCCGAGAUGGCUGGAGAAAAUUACAGCUGGGAGAACUCAUCCCCAUCCCUGCCGACAGUCCUCCACCCCCUGCGCUUUCCAGCAAUUCAUAUCAGCUCCAGCCUCCACUGAACCCUAUUUUAAGUGCCAAUUACGAGAAUCCUGUGCUGCACUUGGUUGCUCUAAACAUGCCAUUUUCUGGGGACAUUAGAGCUGAUUUUCAGUGCUUCCAACAGGCCAGGGCUGCAGGACUAUUGUCCACUUUCCGAGCAUUCUUAUCUUCCCAUUUGCAAGAUCUCUCCACAGUUGUGAGGAAGGCAGAGAGAUACAGCCUUCCAAUAGUAAACCUCAAGGGCCAAGUACUUUUUAAUAAUUGGGACUCGAUUUUUUCUGGUGAUGGAGGUCAGUUCAAUACACAUGUUCCAAUAUACUCCUUUGAUGGCCGAGAUGUGUUGACAGAUCCUUCUUGGCCCCAGAAGGUCGUUUGGCAUGGCUCCACCACCCAUGGUGUCCGUCUUGUGGAUAAGUACUGUGAAGCGUGGCGAACGGCAGACAUGGCAGUCACAGGAUUUGCCUCGCCACUGAACACGGGGAAGAUUCUGGACCAGAAAGCAUAUAACUGUGCUAAUAGGCUAAUUGUUCUGUGUAUUGAAAACAGUUUCAUGACAGAUGCUAGGAAGUAAUGACCUUCCAAUGAUUCCUAAACAGUUUUCCAGUUUUUCUUAUGUGAAGAGUUGACACUGAAAUCUGAAAUGUUUAAGUGUUGUAAAUAUUACAGUUUUUUAUUACACAUUCAUCACAAGAGCAACCAAAGAAAACAUACCUCAGUACACUCAAAAUUGAAAACAUAAAGGACUCCGUGCAAAGGCAAAAUCUGAUUCACAUAUUGGUGCUAGAUUCUGCAGGAAACCCCAUGCAGUGUGAACAUCCCAACACAGGUUAAGGCCAAGGUGAAAACAGAGACCAUGGCAUUUGCCCACUGCAACCUUCAGAAAUUACUUUCUUCCUCUUAACCAUGGUUGUUGAGUGUAAGAUGUCCUUCAUGUUUUCUUACAAAGUCAGUGUUUAGAAAUGUUACCCCUUUCUAAGUUAUGUGCAAACUGAAUACUUUAUUAUUUCACAUCUACCCAUUAUUUGCAACUGUUUUUCAUACAGAGAAACAACUGCUCAAAUGAUCCUGUUUGUAUUUUCUUACUGUAUCAGACUAAUAUGUCUUUUCCUUAAAUAUUAUUGCUGUAGGAGUUUUAUAUUUUUACCCAAUUGUAUUUUAGUAUGGCAUCUGUUUAUGUAACUCUGACUUGCUGGAAAAGUUGAAACUCUAAAUUAUCUGAAAUUAGAAGAGAAAUAGCACAUAAUUACUACCUGUCCCUUGACAGCCCUCCUCUCCACCCCCCCAUCCACGAUUCUAUGGCUUCCAUUUGGCAGUUCUUGAAUUACAAGUGCAGCGGAAACAGACAGGUUCAUAGGGAUGAAUUUUUUGAAAAGCACGUAUCUUCAUGCUGUAUUGUUUUCCAAGUAAGUGAACAUAAAAACAGCUUUUCCAGGCGCUUUCUUCUGUUUGACUUUUUCACCCUAGUUCCUUUAUUCUCUGCCAUUGAUGUGGAAGCAACCUGGGGUGGGUUUGCUAAUCCUCUCUUGGCCACUUGGACAAACCCUCAGGCAGUAAUCAAAGAAAUGAAGAUCUUCCCAUCAUGAUCAUCUGCCCCCCCUCGGCGUGAGGUGGGUGGUGUGGGAAGGCGCAAGAGUCACAGAGUAGAGACACGAUCUGUUGUGAUUUUACCACUGUCUCGAUACCUGACUGGGCACAUCUGCCUCUGUCACUCAAGGAGGUGUCAGUCAAGUACAAUGUCACCUUCAGUUGUUCAGCAUCAUAGUUAUCAGAGGUCUCGUUUACUUUUUGUUUGUUUGUUUCAGACAGGGUCUCAUUAUGUGUUUCACACUGGCCUUAAACUCAUGAUCCUCCUGCCUCAUCAUACAGGUGUGCACCACCAUGCCUCACUUUUCAUAAUAAACCUGCAAAGUUGA